AUGCGCCUCUCAGCCACACUCUUCGCGGCAUCCCGGUCCCGGUCUGCAGCCACAGCUUUGAAGAAGCCUCUGGGACCAGCAUCGGCAUCGGUAUCUGAGUUCAUGCCUUGGUUGCCAUCGCUGAAAUCAGUACAAUUACAGCGCAUUGCUCGCGCGACGGGAAUCCAGUCCUCUGGGACGAAGGGGGUCUUGGUUGAACGGAUUCGAUGUGAAUUGUGGAAUAAUGUUCAAGCUGUGCAUGAAUCUAAACAGCGCGAUGAAUCACAUUCGCGCGAGUGGCGAGUUUUGAGUAUCGAUAUGGGAAUCCGAAAUCUUGCUUUCGCGUUUAUGGUCGUUCCAUGUCCUCUUUCGAUCAGUACUAGCUCCAUCUCUGGAGAAGAACAGAUCGAACGAUCAAAACAAGCUAUACCAGAGCUACAAGCUUGGAAACGCCUAUCUGUUCUAGACGGAUUGUCAGACCUCACAAACCCAUCCGCAACCUCAAUAUCAGAUUUCGAAUCUAUUUUAAAUCCCAUCACAAAAGAAAAAGAAUCAUACUCCCCAAAUACCUACGCCUCAACAGCCUACAACCUCUUAACAACCCUCCUAUCAACCUACAACCCAACUCACAUUCUGAUCGAACGCCAACGCUUCCGCUCUGCUGGAAGCAGCGCAGUUCAAGAAUGGACUUUACGAGUUGGUGUUUUCGAGGGCAUGCUUUAUGCUAUCUUACAUACUUUACGUCAGGAACGGGGAUUGAAUGGGAUUCUUGUUGAGGGUGUUGAGCCGAAGAGGGUCGUGGGCUUUUGGGAUGAGAUUGGAGCUGGUGGUACUAAAAUCAGCACCGACAGUGGAAGUGAAGUGUCAGAUGCUGGGAAAAGGCUUACAGCAAGGGAAGUUAAAAAAGCUAAGAUUGGGAUUGUGGGUGGUUGGGUUGAGGGUUCGUUGUCGGGGCCUAAUGAAGGCUUCACUGGGAAGGUUGUUGUUGGGCAGAAUGAUACUGUGAAAGAAAUCGCGGGUGCUUAUGUGCGGAAGUGGAGAGGAGAGCGGGCGAAGAAGAAUGGGAAUGGGGAUGUUGGGAAGUUGGAUGAUUUGGCCGAUUGUUUGUUGCAGGGUGUCACUUGGUUGGAGUGGCAGGUUAUGAGGGAAAGGAUUGUUAGAGAGGGGAUUAAGGCUUUGGAGUAG